AUGGCCUCUCAAAUCAUCCGAAGAAAACGCGACAUGCCGCUGGAGUGGCUCAGUCUGGCAAUCACAGCUGUCUUUACCGUGGUUAGGUUCUUCGUCACGCUCCCAUACCAACGUCUCCUGAUCUAUAACACAGUUCGACCAGCGCAAGAGAUCGAGGAGCUUGCUGGCCUUGACUUAGAGAAAGAGGAAAACCGGAAGUUGCUCUUGGACGCCAUUGCGGCCUGGCGGACGGGAAAAAGAGAUGAGCUGUCCUUUGUUGCAGUCGCAGCAGCUGUCAUGACAGGCAUCAUCACGGCAUCAUUUUCCUGGGAGAACGUCAAGACUUCGCAGUGGACCGGCCCUGCUUUCUGGUAUGCAUCGCUUUCGCUGUGUAUCUCGGGAAUCUUUCUCUCGUCGCAGCAACUGUCGUUGCUGUCGCUCAUCCAGAAAAAGGACUUUGACGCGAAAACUUGCGGCCCACACUCGGCGAAGGUUGUGAUCCGACGGCAUCUGGAGCAGAUCCUGGCGCAAAAGGGGCCCGCCCUUAGGCCUCGCCUCAAGCACCUCCCCACCGAUGUUGAAGCACAAGCCGGCGAGAGACCGAGUCAACAAAAGACAAGCAGUGGAGCGAGCGCGAUGGUCAAAGCGCCUCCACCAGUGAGAGCUGGGGACUCGCGGCAGUGGGCACUGAGCUCACGAAGAACGUUUGUGUGGCAAUGCUCCAUUAUGCUCAUUGCGUACUCGACCGUAUUCUACAUGGUCGGUCUCUCAGUCGUCGUGUGCACACCGGUUUUGGAGAACAGAAAAUGGGAUUCGGCUUCGUAUAUGGCGGUUGUGUACAUCGUGUCGUUGGGGCUGUCGGUGGUGUUGUUUGGUUUCUGCUCCUAUGGGGCGUAUGACUAUAUCUAUGACGGUGACAACGCCGACCGAACCUUUUGGGAGGAGCUGAAAAGACGUGUAAGGAUUCUUUCAGACGGGAAAGACCCUAUGAAGGAGAAGAUCAGCAUUUUGAUGUAA